CAUUUUACAUCUGUUUGACCACAGUGUGCUUCUAAAAAGAUGUCAUCUUUGGUUUUGGAGGUUCUCCCAGCUCCACACUGUCCUUUGAUUAUAUACUCAUGAACAAGAAAUGUUUUUUUUGUGUGGUCUUGCUCUUUAUUGUACUGUUAAUUAAAAGGCUGUUCAUGCACACGUCUGUAGAGAAGCAACACACAUUUGUUUAAAUGUAGCAACAUAAUAUCAUAAUACCUAACCUAAUGUUUUGUGUAAUUUAAUAAUUUUUUUCCUGCCGUGGAAGUCAAUGGUGGCCAACGACAGUUUGUCUAGCAGCGUUCUUCGUGAUGUUUUGUGGCUGACUGAAGUAGUUUGUGAGCAGGUUGGCUUUCCGAAUGCAGGCAAGUCGUCUUUGCUGCGUGCCAUCUCUAAAGCUCGCCCGGCGGUGGCCGAGUACCCCUUCACCACUCUCAAACCUCACGUGGGCGUCAUCACCUACAGAGACUACCAGCAGCUCGCAGUGGCUGACAUUCCCGGGCUGAUUCCCGGGGCUCACCUGAACCGCGGGCUGGGCGUCUCUUUCCUCAGACACAUCGAGCGCUGUCGGCUGCUGCUGUUCGUGCUGGACAUGUCCUCCUCGGAGCCCUGGGAGCAGCUCCGGCAGCUGUGCUUUGAGCUGGACCAGUACGACCCUCAGCUGUCCCACAGGCCUCAGGCCAUCGUGGCCAACAAGAUGGACCUGCCGGGGGCCCGGGAGAAGCUGGAGGCUCUGAGGAGCCGCGUCCAUCAGACGGUCAUCCCUGUGUCUGCGCUGACCGGACACAACACAGGACAGCUGAUCCUGCUCCUCAGAGAGAUGUACGACAGCUAGGACCGCUUAGAAGACUGUCAGUCAUGACGACAUAAAGUCAUCUUCUGGGUCAGAAAGAUGAUGGUAUUUAAUGUAUUUUUUUACAAAUGAUUAAAUUAUGGUGAUUAAGUCGC